AUGUUGGAGAAGCAAAACUCUGCUGAUGGCAGAGGUGACACAGACAUAUACGCCAGCGACAGCAACAACAUGGGUGUAACGCCCGCGGGCGCGACGGUACGGUCCGGCGAGGCGGUGGCUGCGGAAGAAACUUCCAUCCCGCAGGAGGCACGGAAACCGGCCCCGAACUCACUCCAGGAUGGCGGCUUUGAAGACGACGAGAAGCGGUUAUCCAGGGGCGGCGGCGACGGCGUGACGAGGUCGCCCUCUCGGUCGUCAUCUAAUUCGGACUACCAGUCGCAUCGAGACGCCGGCAAGACUGGUCGUCGCGGCGGGAUCUUUGGCGUGGCGGCCGGGAUUCUCACGUGGACGCCGAGGAAGAUGAGAUACGACCCCAAGAAUCCUCCUCAAUUUACUCUCGCUGUCAACUUUUUGUUUGCAGUGGCCGCGACAUUCACCGUCGCCAACCUUUACUACAACCAACCGGUACUCAACAGGAUCGCAGAGACAUUCAACGUCAGCUUUGAGAGGGCGUCGUCGGUGGCGACGCUGAUGCAGGCCGGCUAUGCGGCGGGGCUGCUCUUCAUCUGUCCGCUGGGCGACAUGCUGCGACGGCGGCCGUUCAUUCUGGCCCUCAUUUGGGUCACAGCGAUGCUGUGGCUCGGUCUGUGCCUGACGAACUCAUUCGAAGCCUUCUUGGGAUUAUCCUUCAUCGUCGGCGCCACAACCGUAACCCCGCAGCUCAUGCUGCCCCUGGUAGCCGACAUGGCUCCGCCAGAGCGAAAAGCAAGCUCCCUAUCCAUCACAACGUCCGGCCUGAUGCUCGGCAUGCUCAUCGCGCGUCUGCUAUCGGGUAUCGUGGCCAACUACACGUCCUGGCGCAACAUCUACUGGUUCUCUUUUGGCGCGCAGAACCUGCUGCUCGUCCUCCUCUUCUUCUUCGUGCCGGACUACCCGUCGACGAACCCGGAUGGCCUCAACUAUUUCCGGGCGCUCUGGACCAUCGUGACGAUGCUGUUCACGGAACCUAUACUCGUGCAGGCGUGCCUGAUUGGUUUCUUCAUCAGCUCCAUCUUCACGUCCUUUUGGACGACCUUGACGUUCCUUCUGGCGUCGCCGCCGUACGACUACCCGUCCAUCACGAUUGGCUUGUUCUCCCUGAUUGGGAUUGCGGCCAUUUGUGGUGGGCCGGUGUAUGGGCGGUUGAUCAUGGACCGAUACGUGCCCUGGCUAUCCUCCGUACUCGGUCAGACAUUCAUCCUUUUCGGCUGUAUCAUUGGUGCUUUCACAGGCACCUUCACCGUUGCCGGGCCCGUGAUACAGGCCAUCUGCAUCGACAUGGGCAUCCAAACUGCGCAGACUGCCAACCGAACUGCCAUCUAUACAAUCAACCCCAAAGCCAGGAACCGGGUCAACACGGCGUACAUGGUCUGCGUGUUCUGCGGGCAGCUGACCGGCACGGCGGUGGGUAACAGGUUGUAUGCACAAGGCGGGUGGAGGUACAGCGCGGGCACCUCUAUCGGGUUCAUCGGGUUAUCAUUGAUCAUCACCAUGCUCAAGGGUCCGCGGGAGAAGAGCUGGAUCGGUUGGAGCGGCGGAUGGAAGCUGCGCAAGGACGCCCCGAAACCACAGCCGGCCUCACCCGAAGCAGCACAGGGGCCGGAGGAGGGGGCGGUGGAGACGAAGACGGAUGUCGGAGCCGUUGAUGAGGAGAAUCGGCGGUGA